AACAAAGCCAAUUUUUCUUAGCUCGCCAAAAGCUAAACGCAAAAAGAGAAAGAAAACCAACACGAACUACAACUGCGAACUACGUUUGGAUAUCAAAAUCUCAAACAUAUUUAAGGGCGUGUAUUUCCUCUCGCUUCGCCUCAUCCUCCUCUUUUUCAAUUGUUUAUUCGUCUCAGCAUAUCUGUCAUACAUCACAUUUCAUCUAUCAAAGCACUUUUUUUUCUUCAUUACAUUUUUAUACUUUUAUUUUGUAAACCUCUCUUAGCAUGUCCACACCAACUAACAAAAAGACAGCCAACAUUUUCUUCCAGCAGGCCAACGAGGCGUACUUUGACGACGAAUUUGAGCAGGCCGAGUCCCUGUACACCCAGGCCAUAGCCUCAGACCACACUGUCGGUGAUUACUACCUGAAGCGCGCCCAAGUGCGGCACAAGCUCGGCAACCUAUACUUUAAGUCCCUCUAUUUGCACGGCAAAUGGGCAACCCAGCUGAAACAGUACGACGAGGCGGCGGAGUCUCUGCGCAAGGCUGCACUUAUUAACCCCAGCCACGAGGAGGUCAAACAGUUGCUCCAAGAGGUUGAGCCACUUACCACGCCCGUUCCUGAGCCUGUCCCUGAGGCCAAGGUUGAGUCCACAACUAAGGUUGCUGCUGCUGCGCCGGUGCGGCCCAAGAUCCGCCACGAAUGGUACCAGACGGAUGACUACGUCAUUCUGGAAGUUUUCAUCAAGCGCGUGCAGAAGGAUGCGGCGACUGUUGAGUUUGAGGAGAAGUCUGUUUCACUGUCUGUUAAGAUGCCGACAGGCUCGGAGAACAACUGCAUGUUCGACCCAUUGCUGCACAAGAUUGCACCCGAGGGUUCGUCGUUUGAGGUUCUGAGCACCAAGAUUGAGAUUCGCUUAAAGAAGGCUGUACCCGGACAAAAGUGGGACCACUUGGAGGAGUCCGAGGCGCAGCAGGCAGCCAACAGCAACCUGACCCUAUCGAACUCCCGCAAGGGUGUUUCGUGGGAUGCCAUUGCUGCGGAUGCCGAGAAGGAGACCAAGUUGAACCCCAGCGAGCAGGGCAUCAACGAGCUGUUCCAAUCCAUUUACAAGGAUGCUGACGAGGACACCCGACGCGCCAUGUUGAAGAGCUACACCGAGAGCAAUGGCACGGCGCUCAGCACUGAUUGGAAGAGCGUCAAGAAGGGCCCGGUUGAGACCGUGCCGCCGGUCGACACUUACGCCAAGUCUUACAAGAAUUAAUUUUUUUUUUAGUUUUCAAUUAAACCAAUUAUUAAACACGUGAUUUGUAAUUUGAUUUGA